AUGUAUGUAUGUUUUAUACAACAGGUGUCGAAACUAGGUCGCCUUGGCCUGGACGCUGCCAAGUUGGGGUGUUGCAGUCGAGCGCUGUCUGCCGAGUGUCGCGGCCUGUGUGUCCGAGCCUUCUCCAAGGAGUGGGGCCGAGCCUGGGACGCCCUCCAUACCUCUUGCCUUUCUCGGCCUCAGGAGGUCACACUCAUCGCUUGCCUGGCUGAGGCGGAUGCACCAUGCCAGCAGGGAUGCUCAGGACUCUCUUAUUGUAGCAACUUUAACCACAGACCCAACCAUCUCUUUCGUUCCUGUAACAUACGUGCAGACUCAGCCGCCCAAGAGGACCUCCAACUGUGGCAGGAGAGUUUGACACUAAGUCUGCCGGGCCUUGCCGCUACAGUGCCCUUGCGGAGUGUCAGCGAAUGUCAGGGUGACCUUUGGAGGGCUGUAGCGUGCUCCCUACACCUUAAGCCCUGCCAUCCCACAUCCCUCACCAAUACCAUCUGCUGGCACGACUGCGUCAAGUUACUCUCCAGGUGUAUACGAGAGCCGGUGAAUGAUGAGGGGGGAAAGACGGCCGGGGCAGUGUGCGGGGCCCUCAGUCCCCCACCGGGCAGUCCUUGUGUCUCCCUUUCCACCUUCCUCAUUCCAUCCAUAGUGCCCAACGAGCCCCCCUGGCGGGUGCCCACUUCGCCCUGUCACCCCUUCCCCUGCCCCACCCGCCACGUGUGCACGGUAAACAGUGAGUGUCGGUCCGGGGAGCCCUGCCGCCCCUACGUGUGCACCCCUGCCUGCACCCUGGGCGAGGUGUCAAGUGUUGCUGUUCCCGUCGGUGCCUUCGUCAGUGUUCCCUUCAGCUUCUCAUUCAUCUGGUCACCAGCUCUGGGGCGUCUGGUUGCGGGCGUGUGUGUGAAUGUGGGCGUGCAGGCGGGCUGGAGAGGUGCCGCUACUUACCCUGCGUCGACCCCGCCCCCUGUUGGCUCGGCACCUCCAAGUUUGAUUCUUGCCCUCUUCAAGUUGUCUUGCUCUACCCCCAGGAUAUCGUAG